AGCAUACUCCAGGAGCAUCACGUGAAGACGUCUAGAUAAACCUGCGAAAGAGGCGCGGUCACGUGACUUUGUAGAAGGGCCGCCCCGAGAACCUAUGGCUACUAUAGGAUUUCUCAGCGACGGGGAGACGAGAAGACGGUCAGGAGGCCCUCGGGGGCGGGAAAGCUUUGUGAAUCUAAUUUAACGUGGGGGCGAGGGAGGCGCCUGGGCUGCUUGUUUAGAGGCCGAAGGCUUGGCGCAUUCCUUUAUUUUUUUUCCCCUCUGGCCAUCCGAUACAAUAAAUCAUUGUAACAGAACAGUUCUCAUAGCUCGGAACGAUUCGUUCAGUACUGGGCUGCUGGCCACCGUUGUUAGUGCUCUGGUACGACAGUCAUUCCCGGGUCCAAAGAUUUGGUGGCGUUGAAUAACUGCCCCCGUCCGUGCGUUUCUCGCGCGUGAACACGCUCAUGUCUCGGGCUUAUGACACCGGAAUUUAAAAUGAACGAUGGAAUGCAAUUCAUAUUUAUUCGGCUUUUUGAGUACAGCACAUCGCAGAAUAUAAAAGCCGAAGCAGUGCCUUUCUAAUGUAGGACCAAAGCUUACAAUUGUUUGCAAUAUUCAAAUUGAUCUCUUCAACCCUUGAUUGAAUAUUCUGGAAUUAGUCAAUAUACCAUACCUGCAGUUUAUUUGGUGCUCUGAAUGGCUGUUGGAAAGGGAUGUACAGUCUGAUGGCCAAUUGCUGUAGUUGGCUAAAGCGGUGGCGAGAACCCGUCAGGAAGGUGACAUUGAUCAUGGUGGGUCUUGAUAAUGCUGGGAAAACUGCAACAGUAAAAGGAAUCCAAGGCGAAUCCCCUGAAGAUGUGGCUCCAACAGUUGGAUUUUCUAAAAUUGAUCUUAAACAACGAUGGUUUGAAGUCACGAUUUUUGACUUAGGAGGUGGAAAACGUAUCCGAGGCAUUUGGAAAAAUUACUAUGCUGAAUCCUAUGGAGUAAUAUUUGUUGUGGAUUCAAGUGAUGUGGAAAGAAUGGAAGAGACAAAAGAAACAAUUUCAGAAGUUCUAAGACAUCCCAAGAUAUCAGGGAAACCUGUAUUAGUAUUAGCAAAUAAACAAGACAAAGAAGGUGCCUUGGCAGAAGCAGAUGUGAUUGAAUAUUUAUCUCUUGAAAAGCUUGUCAAUGAGCACAAAUGCCUCUGUCAGAUUGAGCCUUGUUCUGCUAUUGUGGGCUAUGGAAGAAAAAUUGACAAAUCGAUAAAGAAAGGUUUACUUUGGCUGUUACACACUAUAGCAAAAGAUUUUGAUGUCUUAUAUGAAAGAAUUCAGAAAGACAUCACAGAGCAAAAAGCCAUUGAAGAGCAAGAGAAACGAGACCGAGCAGAAAGAGUGAAGAAGAUAAGGAAAGAAAGAGAACAGAAAGAGAAAGAAGAAAAUGAACGAGAAGGAAGGAGCAUUUUGGAUGAAGAAGACACUGAGCUUGUAACUGGAAACCCAUUUCAGCCUAUAUCAACUGUAAUCACUAAGAAUGAAAAGAAAAUUGAAAAAGAGAAGAAGAGGCAAAGGGAAGAGAAUGAAAAGAUUGCUAUUGCCUUGAAACCUAAAACAAAUCAGGAGAUAAUAGAUGUUCAGAGUCUGAACAGUGAACAAUCCAACGAACAGAGACUGAUAGAAAACUAUAAAUCUGCACUAACACAACAAAUGGAACACGAAGAUGAGAAUGACCAGCAGAUCUCAGAAAGUCUUGACUCUGGUGAUAAUCCAACUUUGAAUCCAGGAACAGAAAACAGUAAAAAGAAAGCAAAGAAACUAAAAUUAAAAAGAAAUCAUCGAGUUGAACCAGUCAAUACAGAAGAAAUUGUUUCCCCACUUCCUACUCCAAUUGCAACUCAUACACCAGUUGGAUGGGAAACACCAAAAGUUAACAGAAUUCGAAAACUUGAGCCUCUUGGUGAAACUCAUCAUAAUGAUUUCUAUGGAAAGCCAUUGCCGCCACUUGCUAUACAUCAAAGACCUAACAGCGAUAUGCAUGGUGUCAUUUCUUAACUUGCAGUCAUUUUGUAGCUUUCAAGAGGAAUCUAAAAUAACAUUACAUUAGACAUUGCUUUCUUUUUUGAAGAGAUACCUGGUAUUCUUACAAGUUGCUGGGCAAGGGCAUCACAGUUACAUUGGGUUCCUGGUAAGGAUGUUUCUUCUAAAUGUUAACAAUCCUGCUUCCUCAAUUUACCAGCUGCUCUUCAAAGUUGAUAUGGAACAAGGAAACUCAUACAAGCAGAAUUCUUACAAAAGAAAUGACAACAGGAUAUUUAUUUCCCUUGCUGGAAACAAGACCAAACUCAACUUGAUUAUGCACAUACAUGCUUUCAGUUUGGCUAAAUAUUUUUCUAUAUUCAACACUUCAAGAUUUUUUUAAAAAGUACACACAUGUUCAAAUGGGAAAAAUAUGAACUGUACAUUUAAACAAUUUGAUAUAUUUUUAUAGUAUUUUAUUUGUUUUUAAGAAAUUAUUUGAUCAGCAGAACUAUUUUGACAUACUAAAAUGCCUACCUAUAUUCAUAAGUAUCUACUACAUUUUUUUUUGGAAAAGCAAUAUACUUGUGUGUGAUUUGCUUCACAGUUUGCCUAUUUGUUAAUUAUGUCGUUUUAUCUUGUUCUUGGUCCACCAGAAAGAAAUGUGUGUUGGAAAGAAACUGUAUUCAUGUUUUCCUUGAUGGGAAACAGCACUUCUGAGGUUAAUUGAGACCAUUAAUUUUGUGUUCUUGGAGCUAGAGGGAGAGGGAACCUUUUGACUUUCCAAAGGAUAGAAAGAAAUGUCCUUCAAUUACUGUAUAGAGUAUUCAUGGCCACUUCUCUUGCAGUACUUGUUUCAUCUUGGGGAACAUGUGAACAUAUGGAUUGGGGAACCAGGCUAUGGGUCACUUUAAAAUAAGUAGAAGUAGAAUGUAGAAUUGAGUUAUACCUCCUUAUACCAAAUGUAACAAAUGUAUCUUCUCCCAGGCUUAUGGGACAAGCUUAGCUAUUUUAAAGAGUAAUAGGUGGAUGCAAAGUUCAUGUUCCUUCACAACCCAAGCCUUGGCUUUGAAUUCAAAUUACUCCAUAACCUUUAUUUUAUUCACGCAGACACAUUUCUCCAUUACGUUGGGGUUUCAUAUAUGCUGAAAUAAAUGACAAUGUUUAUUUUAAAAAGGUAUCUUUCUCCCCUGAAGAUUUUUUUAUUGCUUCAGUUGUCAAUAAUUGCAAAUACUAUUCUAACAAUGAACAUUUUUAAAAAUAUGUAAAUGCCUUUCUUUAAAAAAACAUUACAAUCCAAUUUUUACUUCCUUUUCCUUCAUUGCAUAUUAGAGGUAAAUGAUCAAAAUUUGCAUAUGAUCAGAGGUUUCUCUAUAUGCUCAGAUAGUGAAAGUAAUUGAAUGGCUUACAAAUAUCAUAAAGCCUUAAUACUAAACUGAAAAAUCUGUGAAUGUAAUGAGGGUUGGAAAUUCUCACCUUCCAGCAAUAUCUUAUUCAGAAGCUUCUGUUUCUUUGCAGUUUAAAGUAAUGCUUUUGUUCUGCUUCAUAACAGUAACGCCCAUGUAACAGUAACAGUCAUGAAACUGAUCAAUUUUAAUCCUUUCAUACAUGAUCUGUAUCUAUCCUAAAGUCAUAUAAAAAUAGUCUCAUAAACAUAGUCAGUUGCAAGCUGAAUGAGCUUGGUGUUGUAAGAUUACUUUCUGGCUAAUGUAAAAGAUGGUGCAUAAUUCAUGGUACAUAAUUGUUUCCAUAUAUAUGGAAUUCCUGAAUUUUUAGAUUACAAAAAUUGAAGUUUGUUUUUCAUUUCCCUUUUAGUUAAGGACUGUCCUACUUUCUUGAAGCUCAAAAACAUUUUUUCCUCUCUCAAGGCUUAUGCAAUAGGACUUCCUCCUUACCCAUGCUGUAUUUUUCCCUACCUUCAGUCCUCAAAAUCUGUUUCAAAUAGAAGAUUUUCUGUCUGGAGAACAUAUUGAGGGCAACUCAUGGGAAGUUGCAAGUCAUAGGAAGAAUUAUUUACCUUCUAUUUUAUUAGUGGAAAUAGAUUCAAUAAUGAAGCAUAUUCAUGGGAUUUUUAUUGUUACCAGAUGCAUAAGUACUAGGAACGUGUUUUUAACAUGUUGACUUUCGUUUUGUUUAUUUAUUGAAUAGUACAUUUAAUGUUUUUAUGUCUGAAAUAAAGAUACACAGAAAUGUGA